AUGGGAGGCAGUAAAUGUCACGCCUGUAUUCAAGAAGGGCAAGACGCUACACCUAUUGGGAAAGGUCAUAUAGUCCAGGAUCCUGCCCGUUUUUCUGACACAGUGAUGGUUAUGCCUAAUCUUUAUGGUGAUAUCUUAUCAGAUAUGUGUGCUGGACUAAUUGGUGGACUUGGGCUGACACCUUCAGGGAAUAUUGGCAAAGAUGCUUCGAUUUUUGAGGCUGUUCAUGGAACAGCACCUGAUAUCGCAGGAAAAGGUAAGUGGAAAGCCUCUUAUGAAUAUCUUAUGAGACGACUUCCUCCUCAAAACACCGAGGAAAACCUUUCACAACUCAUAUCUCUCGUUCCUCCCCUUCAUGAGGACUUGGUUAAUGCCAUUGACCAGCCACUUAAAGUUGCGACAUGCCCAAAAACGACAAAGGAAUAUUUACAAUCCCCAUGGUCAAAUGAAUACGAUCCACCAUUCGAAGGUGGUAUGCUUCCUUCUCCAAAAACACGAAAAUUGGAAAUUGCAGCUAACGAUGCUUUUAAUACAUAUCGAGAAAUGUAUUACGAGGGUGGUCAUUCUGCAGUUUACUUUUGGGAUGACCCAAACCAAGAUGGAUAUUCUGGAUUUUCUGGUGCCGUGCUAUUGAAAAAAGUUGGCGAUGGUAUUCGUAAAAUGAAGGGUGCUUGGGACUCGAUUCACGUCUUCAAGGCAAAUGAACGAGGUCGCAAUGCUCAUUAUAAAUUGACAUCCACCGUCAUGCUAUAUACGAUUACAAGUAAACCUGAACUUGGGAAUAUGAAUUUGUCUGGCAAUUACCCAUUCGAUGAACCCAAUGCUCACAUUGCUAACAUUGGCCGAAUGGUUGAAGACAUUGAACUCAAAAUGCGCAAUUUACUUCAGGAAGUAUAUUUUGGAAAAACAAGAGAUAUUGUUAAUGAUUUAAGAUCAGUUAAUUCGCUCGUUGAAUCUCAGAAACAGGCUAACAUUCAUAAAGAGUUGGUAGGACAAUUAUUGGAACGAAAAUCAUAA